AUGGAUCAUAGAUACGCAUUUGAAGCGGUAGAUAGAUCACUAAAAGAUAUUUUAUCGAUCAACGAUUUGAGCUUAACUAAUACUCCAUUUGGUGGAAAGACUAUACUUCUUGGAGGAGAUUUCAGGCAAAUAUUGCCUGUUGUUCCGAAGGGAAAAAGACAAGAUAUUGUAUUGGGAUCCAUCAAUAUAUCACAUUUAUGGGAUAAUUGUCAAGUUUUUCUUCUUACAAAAAACAUGAGAGCAAAUGAAGAUUUGACUACCACUGCAUCAAGAAAUAAAAUCUUAGAAUUUAAAAAAUGGGUGCUUGAUAUUGGAGAUGGGACUGUACCAGCAAUUGCCAAAGAUGGAGAAAUUGAGGAGACAUGGAUCAAAAUUCCAGAUUAG